AAUGAAGGCAGACACUUAAGUGAGAGGGGGCAGAAGUUGGUGGUAAACAAAGCAGAAAGAUAAUGUUUAGUAGGAGUGAUAAAGUAUGAGGGCAGAGGGAAAGCGAUGAGGAAUUAGACAAAGCAUGAAUGAGGAAGUGUUAGUGAAAGAAAAGGAUUUCAACUCUGGACAAGAGAGACAUCUGUUGGAAGCUCAACAACUCACUGCAGGUCUCCAUCGACAGGAGAGGCACUUUUCCAGACGGGAGAUCCACACACCUUCAUGCACGUGCCUGCAGGCAUGUGAGUGUCUCACUACAGAGCCUCGUGUCUCUCAGGAAUCUGUCAGUAAGCAGCAAGAUGGGGACUCUGACACUGAGGAGGAGGAGAAUCAGCUGCUGAAGGACAAACAUGAACACCUGGCCGCUGAGCUGUUCUGUCUCAGGGAGAAAUGUCAGAAAAGAAGAUCAGCUAUGCAGAAAUUUCAGGACAAACUGGAGGAGGUUCAGGAAGUCUUACACAGUAAUGGUGAACAAAUACAGAAGUUAUCCAGGACAGUGAUUCAAAAGAAUAAAGAAACAGAGGAGAAUCUGAAGAUUAUUGAGGAUUUAAAAAAGGAGCAACGAGAACUACGUAAGCAGCUCGGCACCAGACAGGAAGACGAAUUCCUAGCUGCACUGCAAUUCCAAGAGGAGUCCAACACGUUAACAGAGGCACAAAACAUGGAUGAGAAGGAUAAAAAACAUCAGGAUAAGAGGCCCCAUCAGACUCAAAAGACAAAGAGGAGUUGGUGGUGUGAUUGUGCUAAGGUCCUGCGGAAAGGAGUUAAGUUAGGCAGCAUCAUCCUUGGUCUGCUCUUUUUUGGCGUCCAUCUGCGGCAUUCCAGAUCCUGACUGCAGCCCAUCGCAGUUGACCUGCUGGAGCCCAACACUAAACUCAGCUGCAGAGUCCCUUCUGUUUAUUAACAUCGAGCUAGUUUAUACUCCACCAAACGCACCAGCAUUAACCUCCUUCAGAAAAAAAGAACUGUUGCACCUGACCGUCCAGGAAGGGGAAGGAAAAAAAAUUAAAGAUCAGAUUAAAGCAGUCCAACUGGGCAGCACAACUUUCAAAUGAAUUCAA